AAAACCCCCCAAACGGCCAUAAAUAAGUAUAGAUCAUGUCGCUAGCUCGUCGUUAUUCCCGACUGCCGGCGCCUGGGGCGAUGCUGAAGCUGGUGCAGGCCUCGGAGACGGCCCUGGAGGAGUCCGCCCUGGAUUUCUAUGAGAAGAACAAUUUGACAUGGCGCGCGCAGUUCACGAAUCCCUCCCUGGCCCGGCUCGGCAUCGGCACCGAGUUCCUGCCGGCGAAGAGCAAGCGGCAGAAGUCGUCGACGAACGGCGACACUGAAUCGGAGAAUCAGCAGAACGGAUGGUCGUGUCUGCUCAAUCGCUGUCGCAUCUGAAAUGCUGUCGGCCAGCGACUGACCCGUCCCAACGGAUACCGCCGCACUUUUAUAUACAUACUAUGUAAUCGCUCA